GGGGAGGGUGGUGACGUACACGGCGUGCGCCGGAAGCGGGCGGUGGUUGUGCGCUGGCAUGGCCGGGUUCGGCGCGCUGGGGCUGGCGGCCUGGCUGGCGGAGCAGGCGCGGCGCCUGGGCAUGGUGCGCCCCAGCGCCGUGCAGGCCGCCUGCAUCACGCCCGCCCUGCAGGGUCGCGACUGCAUGGGCUGCGCCAAGACGGGCAGCGGCAAGACGGCGGCCUUCGUCCUGCCCGUCCUGCAGAAGCUCUCGGAGGACCCCUACGGCAUCUUCUGCCUGGUGCUGACGCCCACCAGGGAGCUGGCCUACCAGAUUGCCGAGCAGUUCCGCGUUCUGGGAAAGCCGCUUGGAUUGAAGGACUGCAUCGUUGUCGGAGGAAUGGACAUGGUGGCCCAGGCGCUGGAGCUCUCCCGCAAGCCUCAUGUUGUCAUUGCAACACCCGGCCGGCUGGCCGAUCACCUCCGCAGCUCCAACACCUUCAGCCUCAAGAAGAUCAAGUUCUUGGUUUUGGACGAAGCUGACCGGCUGCUGGAGCAGGGCUGUACUGACUUCACCAAGGACCUCGAGGUGAUUCUGGGAGCAGUCCCAGCAAACAGGCAGACGCUGCUCUUCAGUGCCACGCUGACCGAGACACUUAAUGAGCUGAAGAGUCUCGCCAUGAACAAACCCUUCUUCUGGGAAUCUCUGGCAGAAGUGCGAACAGUAGAGGAAUUGGAUCAGCGCUACCUGCUUGUGCCAGAGAGAGUCAAGGACGCGUACCUGGUCCAUUUGAUCCAGACGUUCCAGGACGAGCACGAGGACUGGUCCAUUAUGAUCUUCACCAGUACCUGCAAGGAUUGUCAGAUCUUGAACAUGAUGCUGAAGAAGUUCAACUUCCCGUCGGUGGCUUUGCAUUCCAUGAUGAAGCAGAAGCAGCGCUUUGCAGCCUUAGCCAGGUUCAAGUCCAGUGUUUUUAAGAUCCUCAUCGCCACAGACGUGGCUGCCAGGGGGCUGGAUAUUCCCACUGUGCAAGUCGUCAUCAACCACAACACCCCAGGCCUGCCCAAGAUCUACAUCCACCGUGUGGGCCGUACAGCCCGAGCAGGCCGGCAUGGGAUCGCUAUCACACUAGUGACACAGUACGACAUCCACCUGGUGCAUGCCAUCGAGGAGCAGAUCAAGACAAAGCUGCAGGAGUUCUCAGUGGAGGAGCGUGCCGUGCUCGACAUCCUCACCCAGGUGAACGUCGUCCGGCGGGAGUGUGAGAUAAAGUUGGAGGCGGCCGAAUUUGAUGAGAAGAAGGAAAUCAACAAACGGAAGCAGAUGAUCCUGGAGGGCAAAGACCCAGACCUGGAGGAGAAGAGGAAGGCAGAGCUGGCCAAGAUCAAGAGGAAGAACAAGCAGUUUCGUGACAGCGUCCGGCAGACGCUGCAGGAGCGGACGCAGCUCCAGGUGAAGAGGAAGUUGCAGAAGCGAACGCGGCGGCGACAGCGCCUGGCGGCCAAGGAGGAGAAGUGAGAGCCCCAGGCCAGGGCACGGACAUGGGCGAGAGCAGCUGCUGGGCAGCCUGCCCUGGUGCGCCUCCAGCUCCCUGGGGGCCCAAAACUGCUGGGGGCGGGGAUCCCCCUGCCAGACACCCUCUUGCCCCUUCCAGAGGUCCUUCUGGGGCAGCCCCUCGUCCUGUUCCAGUCAUCUGGACGGGGCUCCUGGAAAAGGUGGGGGGAGGUGGGUCAUGCAAGCAGGUUUCCCUUUGCUCUGUUCCCCGUGAAGGGUCUGUCAGGAAACAUGCUGGUGCUUGCCACUCACUCUUGUUUAUAGCUGCGGCUUGCCCCCUGAGCCAGAGUCUAGAAAUACUGCGAGCAGCUCAGCUCAGCCCAGCCCCUCGCUGCCUGACCCGGCUCGGGGUGUCUGAAAGGGGAGGAGGGGCAGGGAAGGCUGUGAGGCGAUGGGCUCUGGGCUCUUUGUGGUCACAUGUGAAGCCUCUUACCUGAACUCAUGGAUGCUCCUCUUGGAUCUGGGUCUCAACCAACGUCCUCCUAGCUCGGCCUCUCCCUGGUGAUCCUUGUGGAUGCCCUGGGCCUCUCUUCUUCUGAAAACAGGUUUCCCUUGCAGUGUCUUGGUUUGGUCAGUCUGUUGAGAGGCUCCCUCCAUAGGAGCCUGUGGCACAGGCAAUGCCAAUCAGCAGAGCCACUCUGGACGUGCCCUGCAAAUGGGUUGCAUAUGCCAAGAGCAGCCCUGAAUGUCCUGGGAUGGGGUUUGCCUGGACAGGCCGUGCAGGGGAGAGGGGGAGUCCUCAGGGCCUGGGUCAGAGCUGAGGCACGUGUCUGCUUUUGUGCUUCCUUGAAGACCUGCGGAUCCCAGGGGCCCAGCCUUGCCCGCAUGCCUGCCCGAGGGUGGGGGUUCGGUCCCUCUCUUCUCCUGAUUUAAUAGCGGGUUUGAUUCUCUGGUGCCUUUAUGUGCUGGUUGUAGCCCCCUGUGGCCGCUGCCUGCUGGCUCCGGGGACAGUUCUUCCACCCAAAUAAAUGUUCACUUGCUGUAAGUGUCUGG